ACUUUUUUUCAGUAGAGGGCGAAUAUUGGAUAAAACAACAUCCUUCCCCCCCUCUGCGUACAGGAAGAGAAUGGAGACUUAUUUGAGUUAUAGUGCGCAGGAGAAGCAACUCCAUAUCCACGCCAAGGAGAAGUUUCUCAUCGAUCCCUACUCCUUCUUGCAGAUUCAUGGAAGAUUGAAUACACACACUGGAGCAGCUAGUGGCAUUGCACAAUUUAAACGCAGAUUUUACCCUGAGAUUUUAUCGAGCAUAGAUGUAGGUGUGAAGUAUCAUUCAAAACUGAGAGAUUUCACUUGCGAUCUCCAAGGAAAGAAGACACUGCCCAUCACUGAUAAUGGGUUACUUAGCAUUGACACAAAAGCAGGGUACAAUUUCAACCCAGGAUCACAAAAGGGAAAGCAAAGAGGAGCUGUGGAACUUACCUAUAAGUUAUUCAACUUCACUCAAGAUCAAGAUGUAAGGUUGAAGAUUGGUUUUGAUCUGUUUGAUAAGAAGCCAUAUUUUCAAGUUAGAGAAAACAACUGGACGUUCAACACUGAUAUUGAUGGUCGCUGGAGUGUGAAAUAUGAUUUAUGAGUUAUUGCCUAAGCCUGUUAUUUUGGCCACUCCGAUUUGAACAUUGUAUCAUUGUUUUUUUUCAAUUGUCAAAUCUGAUUGUCUUAUUUGCUGAAAUGUUUCAGGGUUCUUGAGGGAAUGCUCUUCCUGUAUCGUUCUACACAGUUGUUAGGAUUCUCUCUUUUAUGUCAAUCUUUUUAUACAGAGCGAUAAUUGUGCAAUAAAUAACUGUGCAAGUUAUUUUCCCAAUUUCU